AUGGCUGCAGCGCAGAAACGUCCAAACUUCCUGGUCAUGGUCGCUGAUGACCUGGGCUUUUCUGACGUUGGGUGCUUCGGAGGAGAGAUUUGGACCCCCAAUAUCGAUAAGAUUGCCCUAAACGGCGGAAUUCGCUUUACGGAUUUCCAUGCUGCUGCCGCUUGCUCACCAACCCGAGCGAUGAUCAUGACGGGAACAGACCACCACAUCGCAGGUCUGGGAAAUCUGGUCGAAUGGACGAACAUUUCCGGCCAGAACGGGCCUAAGGGCUCCCAGAUGAGCACUGCCCCGCAACGGGGAAUGCCUGGUUAUGAGGGCUACCUGAAUGAGCGUGUGGUGGCACUGCCGGAAAUCCUACGCGAUGCAGGCUAUCACACCCUGAUGUCUGGAAAGUGGCACUUGGGCCUGACUCCCGAACGAUCCCCGUACAAACGUGGCUUUGAACGAUCAUUUGCUCAUCUUCCCGCAUGCUCGAACCACUACGCUUAUGAGCCUCCUCUGGAGGAGAAUGAGAAUCCGCCGACCUUCCUGGAGGCGAGUUACAUCGCCUUGCACAUGGAGGAUGAUCACUAUGUCAAGAAACUUCCGGACGGGUGGUACUCCUCCGAUGGUUAUGGCGACAAGAUGGUGGAGUAUUUGAAGGAGUGGAAGGCAAAGGACGAUGGACAGCCGUUCUUCUCUUAUCUGCCCUUCACCGCACCUCACUGGCCUCUGCAAGCCCCGAGGGAGUAUAUCGAGCACUACCGGGGUGUAUACGAUGAAGGCCCAGAUGUUCUUAGAGAGAAACGUCUUCAACGACUGAAGGAGCUGGGCAUGAUCAAGGAUGAUGUUAAGCCUCAUCCGGUGGUGGCGGAAGAGGUCAAGGAAUGGAAGGACUACACCCUUGAAGAAAAGAAGAAAUCAUGCACUGCCAUGGAAGUCUAUGCAGGUAUGGUUGAGUGCAUAGAUGCCAACGUUGGCAAAGUCGUCAACUACCUCGAAAGCAUUGGUGAGCUCGACAACACUUUCGUGUGUUUCAUGUCCGACAAUGGCGCAGAGGGCGCGGCUUACGAGGCCUAUCCCAUGGUGCAGAGCGGCGUUAUGCCUCAUCUGCAGAAAUACUAUGACAACAGCAUUGAGAACCUCGGAGCUGGCAACUCCUUCAUCUGGUACGGACCGCGCUGGGCUCAGGCUGCAACAGCACCGUCUCGUCUCUACAAGGCAUACACUACUGAGGGGGGUGUCCGAGUACCGUUCUGUGCUAAAUUCCCCAAGAGUGUCGAAGUCUCUGAUUCUGCCAAAGGCAUCACUGAUCAAUUCGCAACCGUCAUGGACCUUGCACCAUCUAUCCUCGACAUGGCAGGCGUUAAACACCCUGCCCCGACGUAUCAAGGCAGAGAAGUCGUCCCCAUGCGUGGCAAGAGCUUCUACCCCUGGGCAGCUGGCAAGGCAGCCAGAAUCCAUGACAAAGACUUUAUUCAAGGUUGGGAGACGUGUGGUCGUGCUGCUCUUCGAUACGGGGAUUGGAAAAUUGUGUACAUACCCAAGCCAAAGGGACCGGAGCGCUGGCAGCUCUACAAUCUGGCUAAUGACCCUGGAGAGGUGGACGACCUCGCUGAGGCAGAACCAGACCGUUUGAAGGAGCUGCUGAAGCUGUGGGAUCUUUAUGUGAUUGAAACAGGAGUGAUUCCGCUCUGCCCUGACCUGGGUAAGUUUCUCGAGGCAACUGAGGCGCAAAUGCCUGAGAAUGCUUGGAUGGAGUACGACUACUGGAAGAAGGGAGCCAGAGAUGAACCAGAGAAAUUUAUGCGGAAGCCGCCACGCUUCCAGCGUGUUGUCAAGCAGUUUUAG